GCGACGUCAGGCGUUGUGUCUCAGACUGUCUGCAUUUAAAAUGCCCGAAGAGAAGAAAGUGGUUUCGAAGAAGGGCGCUAAAAAAGCACUCAAUAAGGCGCCUGCCAAGGGCACCAAGAAGCGGAGGAAGUUGAGGAAGGAGAGUUACUCGAUUUACAUCUACAAAGUGAUGAAGCAGGUCCACCCCGACACCGGCAUCUCCUCCAAGGCCAUGAGCAUCAUGAACUCGUUUGUGAACGAUAUUUUCGAGCGCAUCGCCGGCGAGGCUUCGCGUCUGGCCCAUUACAACAAGAGGCUGACCAUUAGUUCCCGGGAGAUCCAGACCGCCGUGCGCCUGCUGCUGCCUGGGGAACUGGCCAAGCACGCCGUGUCGGAGGGGACAAAGGCGGUGACCAAGUACACCAGCUCCAAGUAAACCUCUACAACGUACUACAAAAAAAAGACCUUUCUCAAACAAAGGCUCUUCUAAGAGCCACCCACGUCUCUGAAACAGCUAUGCCAGCGUUGCUGUACGUAUACGUUUUGUAUCAAAUUAAGGUUCUUGCUGAAACAAAUCAGCUCUCAAAUGAUUCCCGUUUCGCCCUCUUGGACGCCACUUUUCCGAAAAGGUGGUUUUAUUGAUCUGUAGUAUUGUCGUGUUGCUAUUAGUACCCAAUAAAGCAGACCUUGUCUCUAA